GAAAGAUUUGUAAAUUAAUAAAAACCAAUCUGCAAGGCAUCAAUCCUAUUUUGAAAAUGACAUCAGAAAACACAUGUUUAUUUAUUUUAUUAAAAGCUAGCAUAAAUUCAUCAAAACAUUAGCUGAAAAUGAAUAAUAGUCUUCCACAGAUUUUAAUCGAUCCGAUCGGUAAUGAAAGGGAUAUAACAGAAACAUCACAUGAAUCACCGGAAGAUUGUAGAUCAUUAACUGUUCCACCUUCAAAUUUUCUUAUUAAUAUCGACGAUAAUGAUGAUGAUGAUAAUAAUAAUAAUCAUGGUAAUUGUAAUAACUACACAAAUAACAUUCAAAAACAUGAAUAUUUAAAUAAUACCGACUCGUUAAUCAAUAUUGAUCAUUCCAACAAUUUUGGACAGACUAUAGUUGGAAAAAUAUUUAUAGAACCUAUAAAUUCAUCAGAUAAAUAUCAUCAACUUGUUUGGGUACAAAUUUAUCAGAAAUCAACUUCUGUUUCAUCAAAACUUAAUACACAAAAUUUAGACAUUCCAACUUUUGUAUUAUUACUAAAAUCAAGAAUAAAUCCACAAAAUUCUGAACAGACACCAGACUAUUAUUCACCUCCUUUCAUGAAAUUCAAUUUAAAACAUACACGUUCUAGUCCUGUGGACGAGAAACGUUUUCAUAUUUAUACUCGAUGUGGUGAAGGUGUAACUCUUGAAUGUGAAAUAGCUGAUGAACAUUCUGUAGCUUAUUGGCUAACAAUUUUCAAUCAGAAUACAAUCAAUCCAAUGCAUAUGGAAUUUCUUCGUACAACUGAAAUUAAAACACGUUCCGCGCCUAAUUCACCAAGACAUAUACGACGAAGAAAUAAUAAUUUCACUACUGACGUGAAUAAACCUUAUUUUAUUGAUAAUCUAACAAAUUGUAACUCACAUUCACAUUCUCGUGCAUGUGUAUUUGAAACACUUAGUGAAACACAAGAAUUAGAAAAUGGAGUAUAAUGUACGAUGUAAUCAUUGUUUGUUAUAUUUUAUUUUUUAAAUUAAAAAUGUAAAUUAUCAUUAUCAGUAAUGUGAAUAUUUAAUCAUAAUUUUUUUUUAAAGCUAUUUGUGAAUAUUUUUUUGGUUGAUUUUUACUUCCCCACAAAAAUGAAGCAUCAUAAAUGAUCAAUUUUUUUCGAAACAUCAAACAGAUUAUUCUCAUUAAUUAAACAUUCCUUGUACUAUUACUAUUAUCAUUAUCAUUAUUAUUAUUAUUAUUAUUAUUAUUAUUAUUAUUAUUAUGUCAUUGUCAUAUUUUUUUUAAAAGUGAAAUGAUAGACAACAUGUGAUUGAAUAAGAAUUAACGGUAAUAAUUGUAUUUUUUUGAAACAAUGUUUGUUAUUUAGGUUUAUUCUGUUUUGAUGUCUGUUUGUCAUUGAAAGACAAAUGAACAUAGAUUGUAUAUAAAAUAGUUUUGAUCAUUGUCUAUUGUAUGUUGCACUAAUUAACAUUCUUGUGUUUUUUAUAUCUUGUGAUGAUACUAUAGUGAUGAAUAUAUAUUUGAAAAUUCCA